AUGGAACACCUCGAGUCCAUUCUUGACGCCACCGACAGAUUGGUGACUUUCGAAAUCCCCUACAUUUCAAGUGACUACGACCUCGGUGAAUUCACAGAGUUCGGUUCGCGUCUGGGCUAUCAAAGUAUUCGCGAGUUGUUUCAGCUUCACGAACAGGAUCCAAAUUCUUUUGUGGGCUUAUUGCAACGAUGGCUUUAUUUUGGCUUGCUCCGCGAAGUUUUCGGUACAUAUCUUGUUAUAUCAGACUUCAUAAUUAUUAAGGAGUCAAGGGAACUAAUAUCCACCACACAACUGCCACGAUACUGCCAAGGUUGGCUGCAACGAUCUUCCCAUCUGCCCCAAAGCGACCUGCAGAGGUUGUGGAACAAUAUCAGCUUCGCGGCAAGACUGAGCAGUCGCCUCGAUAAAUAUAGCGAAUCACAAAAAUGCCACGAAGCACAGCUGAUUGUUUUCUCGAUCAAACUGCUUAUUGAUACUUUGGCCGUGACUGUCGAGCCUAUAGUGAAAGCAUUUGUAGACCCUUUUGCAAUUGUGACGAAGCCUGAAACUUCCACCUUCUUGCUCGCUUACCUCGUCGAGCAGCGAUGGUGCCCAUGCCGACUGGCUAGCAUCAGCCGUGAGCUCCCAACCCAAGCACUGUACCCCCUAACAGCGUGCAAAGCCUCUGAUUUCAUUGGUUCCGACCACGAAGACUGUACGAAGCAAGUAUGCAGGUUAGACAACCUUCCGAGCUAUCCGGCGCAGCACACUCAAACCUGCUUGUGCCAUAACUGUCCGCUCGUCGAAGUCCCCGUUGACAAAAUCGCAGCCAUCUAUCGAGACGGGGACGUGCCGGUGCUUUCCUGCACCAUAGACAGCUACACAGGUGGUAUCAGCGUUGGUGUACUCGCCAGCCACAACUGUAGAUCUUUCACUGCGAUCUCCCACGUUUGGUCUGAUGGGCUAGGAAAUGACACAGCCAACGCGCUCCAUGAAUGCCAACUGACUGACGUUGUCCAGCAAGUGCGGCGGCUUCAGGAUAUGCUCGACAAUGGCCCCAGUGGUUCGCAAGCUUCCUUGGUUGAAGGACGUUUACCUUUUCUCGACGCCUCCAAUAGCCACCAUCCUGCAUACUUCUGGCUCGAUACGUUGUGUAUUCCUCUGGACAAAAAAGCGCGGCAAAUUGCUAUCGGACGUAUUGAUUGGACUUUUGCCGCAGCCAAGGCGGUACUAGUGCGUGAACGCAGUAUUCGCCAUCUACCACUUGUUGACAUGCCGUUGUUGAAGCUUGCUGUUCAUAUGCGCUGUCUCAAAUGGCUCACACGAUGCUGGACGCUUGUCGAGGGCAUUGCUUCCUGGAAAAUCUACUUAGAAUUUGCUGACCGAGCCUACAACCUCACCGAGUUGCGAGCACAUCUCGAAAACUUUGAAUCUCAGAAACCAAGAGUACUCAUGCCAACUCCAGUCGGCUAUGAUGACCCCAUUCGACUAGAGUCUAAUUCAACAACGUUAGAAAUUGUUCGAUACGAACAGUAUCUGCAAGGUUUCUCAGAAGCUGUGCUAUCAUGGGGCUCGGAGUAUAAAUCAGUCCUUUCACGUGAGAUUAGGCAUGAUUUGAUGGCAUGCUUCAAUGUUCUGGAUCUUGCGAAAGAGGGUAAACCCAGUUUUGUCACGGCAUGGAACACUUUGUUGUACCGGUCAACUACCAAGCUUCAGGACGUACCGGGAAUCCUAGCAGUAGCUAAUUCCAUCUCAAUUCGAGACAUUAUUCAGCUGGACUACUCGCAGCGCCUCAAAGCUAUCAUCAACACAUUCUCUGAGAUUCCAGCCUCACUACUCUUUAACGAUGGACCAAAAUAUGACCAUGAGCCCAAAAACAAAUGGGUGCCCUCCCAGAUACAUGGUGGUCGCCCCCUAUCUGACAAGCCCAGCGUGAGAACUUACCAGGAAGGGCGUAUGGUAGGGCCACUUUACACCUCGGCAUUUCGGGCGCUGGUCUUUCCUGCAACGGCUUUAGGAGAGUUUGAUUUAGCGACCGAAAGUUGUGUAUGCUCUAGCUCGUCAAUUACCUCUCGAGCUGUAGCUCAGGAGCAGCUCCAUCUUAGGGUUGAGCUAUCGCAUGCCAGGCCGAAUCAGACGGACCAGCAAUGGUGUCUGGUACUUCCAGCAGAUUUUAUGAUCGAUGGAUAUCUGGCCACAACCGCAUCUAUUGCUUUUUGUGCCACAAUCCAGAAGAUGCAUAUUGAAAAAGAAGUAGAAGAAAGCUUUGACGGAGCCAUGUAUCAAAGAUAUACGAAGAAUGCCUUGGUAACAUGGGAUAUGACCGCCAAAGUCACCGUUGCACCAAGAGUGUCCACGAACGUGACAACGAUAAAUGCUAGGGAGCUGACAGCUGAAUUGUUAUAUGUUGAAUGUGAUAUGCAAAAUUGGGCAUCUCCCGAAGCAUUGGUUUCCUCGUUGACUCGCGAGCAGACGGCUGAUCUUCACGAUCGAAUAUUGAAGCUCAAAAUAACGGCUGUCAUCAUCAUCUUUCUCAGCCUCUCUGUUGGCCUCGGUCUACUCAAUAGCGAUUCGGUGACGAAGGCCAGCGUCGGCGUCAAAGUAGGCGUAUCUGCUGUCCUCAUUGUGUUUAUUCUGGCAUUCUUCCUAUGGACCAUAUCAGUCCGAACCAGCACCCGGAUUAACUACGAACCUGACACGAGAACACACGAGGAAUGGUCCGCGUUAUUCCUCGAUCCGGAAUUACGGGCGGCUCAAUCAUGGCAGUACCGGUUCGAGCGGUGGCUUCGCCGGAAAACGCACCGAUCGCACAAUGAUUGUGCACAACAAGCCAGCGGCGGCGGGCAAGGAGUGCAAGAAUUGGAAAGUCAGCUCUCAGAGCGGCCACAACCAGCAGCGGCAUUGAACACCAUCAACAAGUUCUUCACGGUCUUUUCAGCUGUGAUGUCAAUGGAGGAAAAGAUCUCCCUGGUGAGGCUGAUGUUGUGCUUUACAGAGCUUGGACUGCUUGCAUGUAUCGAUCACGCGCUUGCAGGGUAUACUCUUCAGCAAGUUGCAGUGGCUUUGACGUUCCUGCCCGUCAUCGUGUCGCUGUUUUUGAUCCCUAUACAGUGGGCGUAUCGUAAUAUCAAUGUGCUCCAGAAGAGAACAAUCAUGACCAGCAUUUUCAGAAUGGUAGUCUGGUUGAUACAUAUGGGAGUCUUGCUUUGGGUUGUUCGAUCGCCACUCUUGAAGCGAUUCCGUUCCGUGGGACUAGCAGCCGUGGUUCUUGCCGGAUUACAGCCGCUACUGAUUCUCUGGGUACUCAUUGAUCGGCAGUUUGUAUGGUUCGCGGAACAGUGGAAGAAAAGCCCGCUCACGUACUACGACAUCUUCGAGAUGUCACACCAUGAAGAAGAUGAUCUGGCAGGUAACUUUUUCUUCGCUGCUCUCCGAGUCCUUAUUUGGCAUCCCCUCUGCAAUUCUUGGAAACGGUCAAGAUCAAGAAAGACUCCAUAG